CCAGCUCAGAACAACCAUCUGGCCAACAUCACACGCUUCUCCAGCCGUGGGGCGAUUGUUAUGCAGUCAAUGGCACGGAGCAGCGUUCCCCUGACAUCCAGUUCGAACGGGUUAGGUUAGGAAGACCAACUUGUUCCCUCCCCCCCUCACAAACUACAACCCCACACGGCGCGCGGAUCGGAUUACCCCAGCGAGCGCCAACAUGCCCGGUUUACUACGAAAGUUGAUUGUCUUCGCGGCGGUCGAUGGACUCAUCAUCCAGCCGUAUGGGAAUGGACAGCGUCAUAAUGGAAACGGCAACGAUGGCUCGUUUCUCCGGAUAGAUUAUAAAACGAGUAAGGUCUCGUCGCUUCCUGCCUCCGCGUUGGAUUUAAGUGAAAGGAAGGAUUCUGGGUUGGAGACUUAUGGUCUUGUUGGCCUUUUAUCCGUCGCGUCAUACUCCUUUCUCAUCUCCAUCACGCAACGCCACCAAGUGGCCCAAAUUCAAGGAAAGCCGGUAUACACCAUCACCAACGUCGCUCUUAUUCCCACUUCGUCGCAGGCGGAUGCCAAUCGCGCUAUUUCUCAAGCUAGAGAAAGCUUAGCAAAUGAGGAGAACGGUGCAGGAGAAACUGCGUCGUCUUCCGAGGAAGAAGAUGGCGAUGAUAGCAGCGUAUCAGAUGCAGAGACAGAUGGUCCUGAACCCGAGAUUGGAAGCGUGUCAGAGUCUCCAGCCCGAGAAACAUCACAUUCAAGAGGUCGUAGCGUUAGCAAUAUUGCCGAAGAUGUGAUCGGGAAGAAAGUUCGAUUUGGUCGAUUCGCUGCAAAUUGGCUCUCGAGGAAGAGGCUGGGAUUUCCUGGAUUCGGGACUGUGGAUCAAGACAAUAACCCCGAUGUAAUUUCGGGUGAAGCAUCUAUGAAAGAGACUACGGGGUCUUCUCUUGGGCUUUCGAAUGCCGGAGAAGGCACGGCAGAACCUGAUGUGGAAGACUCAUUGCCGGAAAGUGCAACGCCGUUGUCUGACCAGACUGUGGAAUUAUUGCCGAAGUUACUUCGGUAUACGAAGCUCAUCUUCUCCUCGCAGAAUUUCUUCUUUGCAUAUGAUUAUGAUCUGACGAGGCAGAUUGGUGCUCAGGAGCCGCGCAAUAGCCAUCUACCUUUGCAUAGAUUUGUCGAUCCAUUGUUCUUUUGGAAUAAAAACUUAAUGACUCCCUUCAUCGAUGUGGAUGCACAUAACUUUGUUUUGCCGUUGAUGCAGGGGUUCGUUGGACAACGAGAAUUUACAGUAGCAGCAACUCCUGAAACAGAAAAACCAGCCGAGGAGCCUACAGAAGAUCGUAUUUUGGGUGAGAAACAGGAGGCCCAAGCAAUUGAUACCGACGCCCCGAAGCGCAACUUCCUGCUUACUUUGAUCUCUCGACGGUCGACCCAGCGGCCUGGACUGCGGUAUCUCCGCCGUGGUGUUGAUGAUGAUGGGAAUACGGCUAAUACUGUGGAAACGGAGCAAAUCCUCUCUGGACCUGAAUGGGAUCCUUCCCACAACGUCUAUUCAUACCUUCAAGUGCGCGGCUCUAUCCCUCUUUACUUUUCUCAGUCUCCUUUUGCUUUCAAGCCGGUUCCUGUGCUUCAUCAUUCCGCCGAAACAAAUGAGUUUGCUUUUGAAAGACAUUUCCGGAAUCUGAGUCGGCGGUAUGGCAAGAUUCAAGCAGUUUCGCUCAUUGAUAAACACGCUGGUGAGUUGAAGCUGGGUGAGCAAUAUGAGAGAUACGCCGAAGCCCUAAAUAAGGCUGGGGGUGUCGAUGGCAGCCCUCUGCGCUUAGAAUGGUUUGACUUUCACAAUGAAUGCCGGGGGAUGAAAUUUGAAAAUGUGAGCCGGUUGGUAGACCGGUUGGAGACGACAUUGGAUGAAUAUGGCGACACGAUUGUCAAAGAUAGCACUCUUGUCCAAGGACAGAGGGGUAUUAUACGGACCAACUGCAUGGAUUGUCUAGAUCGCACGGGUGUUGCGCAGUGCGCAUUUGGCCAGUGGGCCUUGGAACGAGAGCUAAAGCACGAGGGUAUCAAUAUUGACUUGGGUGGCGACUCGUCGACCCAGUGGUUCAAUACGCUUUGGGCAGAUAAUGGAGAUGCAAUCUCCAAGCAAUACUCCUCGACCGCUGCUCUGAAGGGAGACUAUACACGAACAAGGAAGAGAGAUUAUCGCGGCGCGUUGAAUGAUCUUGGUCUCACGUUAUCUCGGUACUACAACAACAUUGUCAACGACUAUUUCUCCCAGGCCUGCAUCGAUUACAUGCUCGGCAAUGUAUCCACACAGGUGUUCCAGGAGUUUGCUAUGGAGAUGCAAACGGCUGACCCCGGGAUAUCUGUUCAGAAACUUCGUCAAAAUGCCAUCGAGACGAGUUGCCAGAUCGUGAUCAGUGACGAGUCCGAGGAGCUUCUAGGUGGCUGGACGAUGCUGACACCGCAACAACCGAACACUCUGCGGACCCUGCCUUUCGAGGAGUCUGUUCUCCUCCUUACUGACGCAGCGGUUUACUGCUGCCACUUUGAUUGGAACACUGACAAGGUCCUCUCGUUUGAACGGAUCGAUCUGCGGUCCAUCUCCGGCAUUAACUAUGGUACCUAUAUCACGUCGAUCCUAACGGGUCAGGUAGAUGAGAGCCGCAAUGUCGGCCUGGUUAUCAUGUAUCGGGAAGGCGAUGAGAAUGCAGUACGGGUGAAUACCCGUUCUCUACAGAGCAGUGUGACCUCGAAAGCACUGGACGAGAACGCCAGUAAAGAAUGGGACAUGACCUCCUGGUUCAAGGGCCCUAAGCGGCCCACGCCACGGUUCCUUGCCUUCAAAGCACUCCCACUUUCCAACUCUGCGACGAAGAGUCGGAGCCCGGGCAAUGCGACCGUGAGUGAAGCAGACUGGGUCCGAUCGAUCUGCGAAGAGAUCGAACGAGCCAUGAUGGCGGGUGAGGGACGACAUGUGGAGAGGCUGUCGGUGAUUGAAGAGACAGAUAUCAUCUCAUUGGAGGAUGCGAAGAAACGUACGGGAUAUUUAGAGCAUUUGGUUUAUGAUCUCAAGAAGAUGGUAUGGGCAUGAAGAUGGGGUUUGAUAUAUAUAUUGUCGUUUUUGAUACCACAUCGUCAUAAUUAUGACUUUACAUGCCAUUUUUCUGGAGAUAGAUCGAUUACACCAAGAUACGCUAAUGCAUGCAUAUUCAGAGCUAUUUUCUAUAUAUUACUACUUAUUAAGG